AACCAGAGCAGGUUCAGAUCGGGUCUUCAGAGCCGUCGUAGUGGAUCAAUUCUCGAACCGCCCACUGUUCUCCUCACGACUAUCGAGUUUCGAGUCCUUAUCUCCGCACAAACACACAGACCACCCACCCACCCCUCGUCGCUGACACUUAUAACCCCGGUUUCCCCUGGGGAUUGACUACAUCGCGACUUUCGUUCGCAGCGCAUUUUCCGUUCAUCGAGUCUCGUUCACGGGUUGAUUGAUGUACCACCACCACCACCACCAAUACUCGCACCAGGGUUGGUCUGGGGACCACCCUCGCCAGCAAUCGUGGCAGCAACCCCCGCCAUCCUACCAGUACCCAUACUCGCCCACUGGGCAAUACCAGCCUCCUCCCGGGCCCCCGCCGACUUCUCAUUACUCCCCGCCGCCCGGUCCCCCGCCGUCUCAUUACUAUCCUCCGGGUAGCUACCCGACCCCGUCGCCCUCCCCUUAUGGGCAACCCCAUACCUCUACCCCGCCACCUCAGUCAUCCUCGCCGUAUCCGCGGUCUUACCACAACCACUCGCCAUCAUGGAACCAGAACCUCCCGCCCCGCCCACCGCAAGAGGCACAGCACUUUGGCGGGGGCGCCCCGUCCAACUACCGCUUCCAGUAUUCGAACUGUACCGGCCGGCGGAAAGCCCUGCUGAUCGGAAUCAACUACAUCGGGCAGCCAAACCAGCUGCGCGGCUGCAUCAACGACGUUACUAACAUGUCGACAUUCUUGAACCAGAAGUACGGGUAUCGCAGGGAGGACAUGGUCAUUCUCACCGAUGACCAGACGAACCCGAUGAGCAUACCGAACAAGGCCAACAUCCUCAGAGCCAUGCAAUGGCUGGUGAAGGACGCGCAGCCCAACGACUCUCUUUUUAUCCACUUCUCGGGUCACGGUGGUCGCACGCCCGAUCUCGAUGGUGACGAGGAAGAUGGCUACGACGACGUUAUCUACCCGUUGGAUUACCGUACCGCAGGACACAUCGUCGACGAUGACAUGCACGCCAUCAUGGUCCGUCCGCUACGACCCGGUGUCCGUCUAACCGCAAUCUUCGACUCCUGCCACUCCGGCACCGCUCUCGACCUUCCCUACGUCUACUCCACCCAAGGUGUUCUAAAGGAACCCAACUUGGCCAAAGAAGCCGCAAUGGAUCUCUUCAGCGCCAUCAACUCCUACGGCAAAGGCGAUCUCAGCAGCGUCGCUCAAACGGCCAUUGGCUUUUUCAAGAAAGCGGCCAAUGGCGACACGGCGCGCCAACGAACCGUGAUGACAAAGACGUCACCCGCCGACGUGGUCAUGUUCUCCGGGUCCAAGGACACCCAGACCUCUGCGGACACCUUUCAGGACGGCGAAGCCCGGGGAGCCCUGAGUUGGGCAUUCAUCAAAACACUGCAACAACGACCAAACCAGAGCUACCUGGUCCUGUUGAAUUCGAUCCGCAGUGAACUGGAGGGCAAGUACACGCAGAAGCCGCAGCUGAGCUGCAGUCAUCCUUUAGAUACCAAUUUGCUUUUUGUGAUGUGAUACGAUCACGCGACAUGAUGCAUAGCGAGCUGGUUUGUUGAUGUCACUACAUUGCAUAUACAGAGUUUUGAACUUGGAGUUUGGGAUGAUCAGUAUUUAUGACAGUAACUCGGUAUUACUAAAUUACCGAAUGGCAUACGGAGUAUAUGCACUUUACUCCUCCGUAUACAGGUUGGAUUGGACUGGAACCAGCUGCGCCACCAGCUCCGCACGCCACUUUUGGGAUUGGGUGAAGUGAUAGUUUCUUGGCAGUAAACCAACCUGUCACUUUUUACUAUUACAAUCCAUCAUUUCGACUAUCCACUCAACCCUUCAACACCCAUUCAAACAACCCAAUAUCAACCCCUCUCUACUCC